AUGAACUCCAUUAAACCCCAUGAAGCUUUCUGGCUGAGUUAUGUGUGUGACCAUCUCUCUCUGGCCGGCAGGUCUGCAAAAAAAGUGACAGUUCAGUUUGUCACCCCGGCCGGAUUUAAGAUCUCAGGCUCGGGCAACGCUGGCGACACACUGCUGGAUGUGGUCAACCAGAAGUUGGACUUUGAUGGCUUUGGCGCGUGUGAGGGGACCCUGGCUUGCUCCACCUGUCACCUGAUUCUGGACCAGCAGGUGUAUGACCAGCUAGGGAACGUGGCUGACGAGGAGAUGGACAUGCUGGACCUGGCCUAUGGACUCACAGACACGUCUCGUCUGGGUUGCCAGGUUUGUCUGACGGAAGAGUUGGAAGGCAUCACUCUGCGCAUCCCCGAGGGGGUUAACGACAUGAGAAGGGCGGACGACACAGACUCCACUAAAUCCCCUUAGACCACCACACACACACACACAUACACGCACACACGCACACACACACACACGCAUACACGCACACAGGCACACACGCACACACACACACACACGCACACACACACACACACACGCACACACGCACACACACACACACGCACACACACACGCACACACACACACACACACACCUUUAACUAGAACCACACUGAUGAUUUCUUGAUCCUUCCUUCUCCUUGCGAAUCAAAGUCGCCAUGGAAGGGACUGUACAUCUAUCUGUGUAUAGUUAAAACACUGCAAUAAAGUAGUC